ACCGGACCAAAACCUAGAGCCAUAAAACAGACACGCCAGACUUUGCUCCAUAAUUUCAUUGUCUCAUCUUUUUCCUUUCAUUUUCUAUCUUCCCCUUUUCUUUCUUCCUAUUUUCCCCCUUCAUCACUUGCUUCACUCACACCCUUUUCUUCUUGAAAUCAUUGCAAGUUUGUAACUUUUUGCCCCUUUCUGAUUAAACCAUUUCCAACAAAUGGAUUUGAAAUUCUGGGUAUUAGCAUCAUCUUCAUUGCACACAGUUUUGCUCUUUCUGGUAUUUUCUUCCAUUUUCCCACUCGCUUUCUCGGAUGUCAAUCAACCCCACAACGCCAAAAACCCCCGCAACACAGAGAAUCGGCUUGGCUCCUCAGCUGUUUUCAAGGUUCAAGGGAAUGUUUACCCUCUUGGGUAUUACACAGUGUUUAUUAACAUUGGCCAUCCCCCCAAGUUUUACGACCUUGAUAUUGACUCAGGUAGUGACCUCACUUGGAUUGAGUGUGAUGGACCAUGUAAAGGUUGCACCAAGCCUCUGGAUCAGCUUUAUAGACCCAACAACAACCUCGUCAAUUGUGUGGAUCAGUUGUGUGAUGGAGUGCGCCUAUCAACAGACAAUCAAUGUGCUGCCCCAGAUGAACAAUGUGACUAUGAGGUUGAGUAUGCAGAUCAUGGAUCAUCUCUGGGUGUGCUAGUCCGAGACCACAUUCACCUCCAUUUCACCAAUGGCUCAGUGGUGCGCCCUAAGAUAGCUUUUGGGUGUGGAUAUGAUCAAAAGUAUUCUGGUCCUAUCACCCCACCUUCUACAGCAGGGGUCAUUGGCCUUGGGAAUGGCAGAUCAAGCAUUGUGUCCCAACUUCAUUCUCUGGGUCUGAUUCGCAAUGUGGUUGGCCACUGCUUAAGUGCGCAAGGAGGAGGGUUUUUAUUCUUUGGAGAUGAUCUUAUUCCGUCAUCAGGAAUUGUUUGGACACCCAUGUUGCCUAGUUCUAUGGAAAAACACUAUAGCUCAGGACCAGCAGAACUUCUGUUCAAUGGAAAGCCUACUACUGUUAAGGGUCUUGAACUAAUCUUUGACAGUGGGAGCUCUUACACAUAUUUCAAUGCCCAAACAUAUCAAGCUAUAGUUGAUUUGGUAAGUAGUGAUUUAAAGGGAAAACAGUUGAAAAGAGCAACAGAUGAUCAAACACUUCCAAUAUGUUGGAAGGGUACAAAGUCUUUCAAAUCUGCAAGUGAUGUCAAGAACCAUUUCAAGCCCCUAGCAUUGAGAUUCACAAAAACAAAGAACUUGCAAAUGCUAAUACCGCCCGAAGCUUAUCUUAUUGUCACGAAACAUGGCAAUGUUUGCUUGGGGAUUCUAAAUGGUUCUGAAGUAGGGCUUGGAGAUCUCAACAUAAUAGGCGACAUCUCUCUACAAGAUAAAAUGGUGAUUUAUGACAACGAGAAGCAGCUUAUUGGAUGGGUUUCUUCCAACUGUGAUACGCUUCCCAGUGUUGAUCGUGAUUUUGAAGGCCGUUUUUCACACCCACAAGCAGCUAAUAUCUUUGCUGAGAGGUGCCCAGCAACUUAUGAAGUAACAGACAGUUAAUGAGUCAUUUGGCAGAGGAUGUUCAGAUAAAUUAGAUAGCAUAUAUAAUUCCAUUGUACAACAUAUGUACAAAGGUUUUUUUGUCAGCAUAUACAUAUACUUCGUAAGCUACAAUUAGUGAAUAUGUAAGCAAGCUACAAGCUACUGAGUUCACUGAUCCUUCAUUGUUGCUUCCAUAUACCUCAAGGAUGAUUGAGAGGUGAUUGUCAGUAUUUGUAAGUGUACGGAUCAUACUGUAACUACCAUAAAAGAGCAUACGAUUUAAAAGAUCCCAACUUAUUGAAAUUAGGAACAUUA